CACACACACACACACACACACACACACACACACACACACACACACACACACACACACACACACACACACAUACCACGCGACUGUAGCGAGCGGAAGAGAUUAAAGUACAUCAAGCUCGUGGUUGGAGGAAUCCCUUGUUUUCCCGGGAAGCUGCGCUCGCAGCCUCACGGGGCUGAAGUUUUGGAACAGCUCACGCGUUUCUUCCACGCGACAGCAGACUGUAGGAUGAGGCUGCUGCUGGUGUUCCUCAUUCAGCUGGUGGGCGUGGCCUGCAGGAGGCCCCACCCACAAGUCAGCUCCGACACACACACAAAGGCUACAGCCAUGGCGACGACCCCUCUCAUCUACCACUGCUGGUCGCCCAACAUGGAGUUCUUCACCUGCUGGUGGAGACCGGUGGGGAACGUCUCGGCAGACGAGGACGUCCGCUACACCCUGAGCUACAGCAAGGACAAGGGGCCCGUCCACGAGUGUCCCGACUACGUGUCCGGCGGAGCCAACAGCUGCCACUUCGACAGCAGUCACACAUCCAUCUGGAAGAUGUACUGCAUGACGGUGACGGCCGCGUCCGCCCGCCGCAACGCCACCUCCACGCCGCACUGCGUCGACGUGGCCGACAUCGUGCAGACGGAGGCCCCGGUGAACCUCUCCUAUGCGCUACGGGACGCCGGGGGCGACGAGAGAGGCCACAGCGCCCUGCUAGCCUGGAGCUACCCGGUACCGGAGGACCUCCAGUACGGCUGGAUCACGCUGGUGUACGAGCUGCAGUACCGCCGCGUCACAGAGCCUGGCGACUGGAAGGUGAAGCCCCCCCAGAGGGAGUCCCAGCUGGAGCUCAUGGGUCUCCCGGUGGGGGGGUACCUUGUCCGGGUUCGCUGUCGCUCCCACAACUACGGCCUCUGGAGCGAGUGGAGCUCGCCGCUACAGAUGACCAUCCCCGCCCGUCCGCUGGCAGGCAAGAUGCUAGUGCUGAUCCUGGUGGGGGGGCUGGGCGUCGCCACCCUGCUCAUCAUCUGCUGCGGAGUCGUCCCCCAGGGCAAGAGGAUCAAAGCCCAUUUCUUGCCGCCAAUUCCUAAGCCUCGGAUUGGAGGAAUCGACCCACUGCUUCUGAAGAGGGGGCGUCUGGACGAGAUCGACCAGCACUUCCGCACCUUCCACAGCUACAGCCACACCGUCCUCAGCGAGGAGGUGUGGAACUACGUCAGCACGGAGGCCUCGCACACCUGCGCCCUCUGGCCCGUCGAGCCGCCGCCCAUCAGUCAAUGGGAGAAGCCGGCCCCGCCCCCAUCACUCGGGGACCCACCCACAGCCCCCCUCGACGCGACGAUCACGACCACGGCGAUGGCGCCGUCGUCGUACUGCGGCCUCCCGCCCGCCCAGGCGCCGUACAUGCAGCCUGUGGGGGCCGGCCAGUGGGAGUGGCCUACGGUGGUGGCCGCGCCCCCCCCGGCGACAGCGGACUACAGCCUGCUGGCCACACAGCCCGUCAGCCCCCAGCCCCCCGAUGUGGUGCAGUUCCCCCAGCCCAUCCAUCCCCUGCCGCCGCAGGCCCCGCCCACCGACUUCUACACCUGCGCUCAGCUCCUGGGACCCGGCGGGGAGGUGAACCUGGUCCCCUGCCUGACCCCCACGCCACAGCCGCGGGCCCCCGGACGCGAGGAAGCGGGUGAGGAGCUGAAGAAGAGGUCCCCCCCGGACCUCCGGGCCGAGACUGGUGUGUCGGCCGGUCUUAACUGAAACGGCAGCGUUGGCUAAAGGCGUCAGCGAGCGUGGUGGUUUGGACCGGGGAGAAUGUCAGUAAAGGUCGGAAACAAUGCCUGAACAAUUUAUUUCGCACUUUGUGUCUUACUGGCUAAUUGGACACCAGAAUUGGUCUGUUUUCGGAUCGUUUGUCGUUCACUUUUUUCGGGAUUCUCUACGGACUUCAGGUCCGCACGACUGUAGAGUCUUCACUUCAGGAAGCAAAAACAACGGAAAACCCUCAUUCAGCAAAAAUCGGACGAAUGCAUAAUUUACGAACGUCGGGACUCGGUGGACCUGAAGUCGAUCGAACUUCCUUCUUGUCUCUACUCAAAGGAACAGGAACUUCAGGAAUCAUUUGAAUCUCACACGAUGGGGGGAUAUAUUUAGCAGCGUUUUCCGGCGUUUUAACAGAAACUUUUCAUUCGGUUUGACGACGGAACUUCGGGUCUUCAAAAUCGUACAGCGAUGUCGAAUGGUGCGUUCAUGUCAAGCGGUGUUCACCCUGUCGCACUUUGUAUGUUUUAAACGUCUGUGUGUCGACUGCCUGUGGUGAGCGUUUAUUUCAUGUUUGUUAGCUUGUUAGCCGUAUGCUAACGUUUUGACUGUCGAUCACAUAGCUACACAUUCACGGUUGCUAAGUAUUUCGAUUAUGCUAUGAGGAUAACGAUAUCGAUUAUGCUAUGAGGCUAACAAUAUCGAUUAUGCUAGAAGGCUAACGAUAUCUGUUAUUAUAUGAGGAACGAUAAUGAAUGACACUCAGGAAUAUGUAGUUUAAGAUUAAAGCACAUUUUGUCUAUACACACAUUAUGAAAUCAGGGCACAACGCAAAGGGUUACGCUUCAGUAAGCACGUGCUGAAAGGUUCGAGUGAGGUGAAACAUCAGUGCUGGAACCGUAGGAUAGAAGGAAAAUGCAGAGUUUGAAAGCACUUAUUAACUUGAUACCACAGAAGAAGUCCUCACGUUAGAUUAUCUCUCCCCGAAACUAAGAUUGUGCGAGAAGAUCCAGCCAUUUUGUCGGCCGUUUUGUGUUUCUUGCACAUUAAAGUGUUAUACAAUAACGUUCAAAAGUCA